GGGAUAAGCAGGCGCCUCGCUCCGCCAGGCAGGUGCUGCACCUACCGCCGAGGCCUCGCGCUGCUUCGGAGCAGGGAGUCUUCGCGCGCUCCUCCCCCCUUCCCCGCGGGAGGGGAUGCGCGCGCGCGCGCGCUCCUACGCUCCCUCUCACUCCCUCGGACUCCAUAGCAGCACGAGGAGGGCAUCUCUCUCCGGGCGCUCGAAUCCCCGCUUGCAAGUCCCACAUGCAGCCCCCUCCCCAGGGCGCUCAGGGGGCCGCUUGACUUCAGAUAUUUUCGGCUCUGAACUCUCGUCAUUUCCGCCAGUGUGAGAGAGGUGGGGGCUGCGAGGGGAGCGAGCGAGCGAGAGACAGAGAAAGAAAACGCGCGGCAAGCGUGCAGCUCCGCGAGGGAACAGCUCUGGGAACAAACGCGGCGAGAGCGCGGGGCUCCUGGCGUUGCUGCUGCUGCCGCCGCUCCAUUAAGCCUUGGCGCCCUCCGUGCUCGUGAGCAGCGCCGGACAACGUCCCCCAGCAUCCUGGAGCGGCAGCAGCCGCCGCCGCCGCCUCUCGCCCGCAGGUCAGAGGGGGCGGCAGGCAGGAGGCGUCGGAGCGUGCGGGAGCAGCAGCCCUCUUCUCCCGCUCCCUGCUGAGGAGGCAACAUGAACUGAAAGCCCCCACAGGCGCCGGUACGCACACGCGCGCGCCCGCGCGCCACACCGACCCGCUCACACACAAGCGAGGGGAGACGAGCCGCGAGAGGAAGGCGAGGAUUUUUUUUCCCCAGGCAGCCUCGCUGCUGCUUCUGCUUCUCCGCUCUCCGCCGUUUCGCGCCUUAACCGGCAAGAAGCUGAAAUACGACCCCCCACAACCCACCCACCCAACUCUACCGCGGCUCCUAGGCCAGCCGGACCCGCCACCCGCCUUCCUUUUCGCGGUUCCUGAGGAGGAGACACCACUUCUCGCAAAGUUUCCCCCAUGGCGCUCAUUAUGGAACCUGUCAGUAAAUGGACCCCGAGCCAAGUGGUGGACUGGAUGAAAGGUCUCGAUGAUUGUCUGCAGCAGUAUAUCAAGAAUUUUGAGAGAGAAAAGAUUGGUGGAGAUCAGUUGCUACGUAUCACUCAUCAAGAACUGGAGGAUCUAGGGGUUACUCGAAUUGGUCAUCAAGAACUCAUCUUAGAAGCAGUUGACUUGCUCUGUGCAUUGAACUAUGGACUGGAAACUGAAAACCUAAAGACACUUUCUCACAAGCUAAAUGCGUCUGCCAAAAACCUUCAGAACUUUAUCACUGGAAGAAGGAGAAGUGGUCACUAUGAUGGCAGAACCAGCAGAAAAUUACCAAAUGAUUUCCUUACCUCAGUGGUGGAUCUGAUUGGAGCAGCAAAAAGUCUCCUGGCUUGGCUAGACAGAUCACCUUUUGCUGCUGUGACAGAUUAUUCUGUAACAAGGAACAAUGUCAUACAGCUCUGUCUUGAAUUAACAACUAUUGUACAGCAGGAUUGCACAGUAUAUGAAACAGAGAACAAAAUUCUUCAUGUGUGUAAGACACUAUCUAGCGUCUGUGACCACAUAAUCUCACUCUCAUCUGAUCCUCUUGUGUCUCAAUCUGCUCACCUGGAAGUGAUCCAGCUGGCAAACAUCAAACCAAGCGAAGGGCUGGGUAUGUACAUUAAAUCUACAUAUGAUGGUCUUCAUGUAAUUACUGGAACAACAGAAAAUUCACCUGCAGAUCGAUGUAAGAAAAUCCAUGCUGGAGAUGAAGUGAUCCAAGUUAACCACCAAACUGUGGUGGGGUGGCAGUUGAAAAAUUUGGUGAAUGCACUACGAGAGGAUCCGAGUGGUGUUAUCUUAACUUUGAAAAAGCGACCUCAGAGCAUGCUUACCUCAGCACCAGCUUUACUGAAAAAUAUGAGAUGGAAGCCCCUUGCUCUGCAGCCUCUUGUACCUAGAAGUCCUACAAGCAGUGUGGCAACACCAUCCAGUACUAUAAGCACACCGACCAAGAGAGACAGUUCAGCACUUCAGGACCUCUACAUACCUCCUCCUCCAGCAGAGCCUUAUAUUCCCAGGGAUGAAAAGGGGAAUCUUCCAUGUGAUGAUAUCGGAAGACACUUAGUGGGAAAACCAGUGCACAAGGGAUCUGAAUCUCCAAAUUCCUUUCUGGACCAAGAAUACCGAAAGCGUUUUAAUGUGGUUGAAGAAGAUGCUGUUUUAUACUGUUAUGAAUAUGAAAAGGGAAGAACAAGUAGCUCUGGAAGGAGAGAGAGCACUCCAACCUAUGGCAAACUAAGACCUAUAUCUAUGCCAGUGGAAUAUAACUGGGUAGGGGAUUAUGAAGAUCCCACCAAGACAAAAAGAGAUAGCAGGAGAGAAAAUUCAUUACUUCGGUAUAUGAGCAAUGAAAAAAUAGCUCAAGAGGAUUACAUGUUUCAAAGAAACAGCAAAAAGGACACAGGCAAAAAAUCUAAAAAGAGGGGAGAUAAAAGCAACAGUCCUAGUCAUUAUUCUCUGCUACCUAGUUUACAAAUGGAUUCAUUAAGGCAAGACAGCAUGAGCACACCUGGGCCUGAAACAUCUUUAUACCACACAUUUCAACAAUCCUCUCUACAGCAUAAGUCUAAAAAGAAGAAUAAAGGUCUCGCGCCAAGUAAGAGUAAAAGGCGAAUUUCUUGUAAAGAUCUUGGUCGUGGAGACUGUGAAGGCUGGCUCUGGAAAAAGAAAGAUGCCAAGAGUUAUUUCUCACAAAAAUGGAAGAAAUACUGGUUUGUCCUGAAGGAUACUUCUCUCUACUGGUAUAUCAAUGAGGAGGAUGAAAAAGCAGAGGGAUUCAUCAGUCUGCCAGAAUUUAAAAUUGAUAGAGCUAGUGAAUGUCGCAAGAAGUAUGCAUUCAAAGCUUGCCAUCCUAAGAUCAAAAGCUUUUACUUUGCUGCUGAGCAUCUAGAUGACAUGAGCAGGUGGUUAAACAGAAUUAAUAUGCUUGCUGCUGGUUAUGCAGAAAGAGAGAGGAUCAAACAAGAGCAAGAUUACUGGAGUGAAAGUGAUAAGGAAGAAGUAGACACACCAUCAACACCCAAACAAGACAGCCCACCUCCACCAUACGACACAUACCCACGACCUCCUUCGAUGAGCUGCGCAAGCCCUUUUGUGGAACCAAAGCAUAGCCGACUCUCUUCCGCUGAAACUUCCCAGUCCCAAUCUUCACACGAGGAAUUCCGUCAGGAACCAGUUGGGAGUACUACUGAAUCUCCCAUCCGCAAAACAGCCAGCCAGCGACGUUCUUGGCAGGAUUUAAUAGAGACUCCACUGACAAGCUCAGGGUUGCACUACCUUCAGACUCUACCACUUGAGGACUCUGUUUUCUCUGACUCAGCUGUUAUCUCUCCAGAACACAGGCGGCAGUCAACUCUUCCUACUCAAAAGUGCCACCUGCAGGAUCACUAUGGCCCUUUCCCUUUAGUGGAGGGUGAGAAAAUGCAAGCCCUAAAUGGGAAUGGGGGCAAGCCCCGCAGUUAUACUCUACCCCGGGAUAGUGGGUUCAACCAUUGCUGCCACACACUCUCUGUCAGUGCCUCCAGCCAUCAGGAAGAAUUGCCACAGAAAGAGCAAGAAGAAGAAGAAGAGGGAAGGCAAAUUGCACCAGAAAACCAAGAAGAUGAAACUGAAACCAUAGAAGAAAAGCCUGCAGAUUCCCUGCAAGAUUUGUAUCGGUCCUUGGAACUAGCUAGCUUGUCACCUUUAGGAGACCAGCAAAUUUCUACAAAGAUGGAGUACAAGAGGUAUUUUAUUAAAAGAUGCAGUGAUCCGGUAGUCAAUGAAAAAUUGCACCAGUUGCGAAUUCUGAAAAGCACUUUAAAGGCCAGAGAAGAAGAAGUAGCCAUCAUAGAUAAAAUUCUGGAUAAUCCAGAUUUGACAUCUAAAGACUUUCAAGACUGGAAACAAAUGUACCUUGACCUGUUUCUGGAUAGUUCUCAGAACAACCCUUCAGAGGACCUUGUAAAUGACUCUGAUGAAGUUGAUGCUCUUCUAGACUCUUUAGCACACACACAUUCUUAUAUUGAAACACAUGUAUAAAAGAAAAUGAUUUUGCCUCUUUGUGGUACUUCAGACCUUUAUCAAGUACACUGAGUAGCUUUUAUAUCGACUGACAGGAGAUCUAUUUUAUUGUUUAUGAUAUGAGUAAAGUAAAAAUUCCAUUGUCAUUGUGCGAAUAAAUACUUACAUACUUUUUACGCUGCUGAUGCUCAGUUUAUGUUUAUGUUUACAAACACUGGCUACGAUCCAAAGAAGGAAUAUGCACUCGUGGGACAGAAUCCUGCACAUUUUGUUUGAUAUUGGUGCUGAAGAGUCUAAACUACUUUUAAACCGAAGAGAAACACAUGCAUGUUGCUUUCCUUGGAUCGUGACCAUUGUCGUUAAGGAUUAAAAUAUAUAUAUUUUAAUGAGUAUAUAUUUUGGAGGAUUACAUUGAUUUAUCAAGUGAAAAGAUGGCACAAGAACAGUGUUUUAUUACUGAUUGUCAAAUAUGUUUCCUAUUUUAAUAGUAUCUUAACUGUUGUAAUGAGUUACACUUUCAAAAUACAGCCUUUGUUUUGGCCAGUGUGGGAAUUAAACUUUUAUAUUUGGUGGAAUAUUUUAGAUAUUUUAAAAAACGAAAAAAAGUAUAAUGCUGUGAUUAGGAUUGCAUUUUUAAAAACGGUCAGGGAAUAAGAGGGGUAAACUGGACUUUCAUUAGCUAGAUUAUAUAUUAAACAGUCAAAGUUUCGUUUUUCCAGUCUUUUGAGGGAUGGUUAACAGACAACCUAUAGCACAGAUUUAAUUUGAAGAUAAAGGGCUCUCCUUGUUUCAGUUAUGGCAGAGACCUGACUGGACAAUAUUAUUGCCCUAUGUUGGCCUCUUCUGACUCUUUUGCAGAAAAAAAAAUAUUGUACUGUUAACCAAAAGUUUCCAUUCAGUGAUUUUUUUAAAGUCAAACUUUAAAAUGUUUCAAAUGUGCCAGCUCACGUAAAUUCCUGCUUUAAAUAUGAGAUGUUCUGAAAACUCUGGUAAAUAGGAAGGGGGCAUAGGUGGGUGGGUUCAGCACAUUAUCAAAAUACAUAAAUUUCCAUACACAAUUAAUGUGGUUCUCAGUUCCCUUAAUAGGCUGCUUUCCUACAUAACACAAAAACAUGCCAUAGUGCUCCAUGAAAAGGCCCCAUGAGCUUGAGUAAAGAGUUAGGCUCAGAGAUGCCUCCAUCCCUUCUCCUUCUCCUGUAAGCUAGAGGAGGACUUGUGACUAGUUUACUUCCACUUUUAAAGAAUCUUGGAUUAUAGUCAUGUUCAAACCAUAUAUCCUGAUUUAAAACAAACUCUGGCCAGUUUCCUAAUAGUUCAGCUUCAGACAAUGCAUUAUGAAGCCAGAGUUUGUUUUAAACUAGGAUCCCUGGUUUCAACAUAACUAUAAGCCUAGAUACUUUAAAAAUGAAACUAUGCUUGCCAGAAGUCAUCUUUCCAUCAGGAGGAGGUGGGGGAGGUGGAAUACAUAUGCCUGACAUCACACUCAUUGAAGCUCAUCACAGCAAUAAACUGUGGCUUAGCAUUAUAUGCAAAUUCAGUCAUACAAAAUUCCCAGAAAUCAUUAUAAAUAGGCUUUGAGCAGAAAGAAGGCUCAAUGAGAUAUUCCUCUAUCCAAAACAAGAUCCAUAUUAAUACAGAAUCACUUGCAUGCCAUGUGAAACUGAUCAAUACGUUAGCACAAGUGGCAUGACUGUAACCAGUGGCACUUUAACGUUUCUUCUCAUUCAUGCGUUCCUCAGAAUCCAUACAAUGUUUCUCCCAAACUAUUGCACUCCUAUUUAUUUUCCAUUGUCAUCCCAUUGUCUGAUUUGCAGGUAAUCUUUGAGUUUCCAGUGCAAGAGGUCCAGUGCAGGCCUUUCCAGAUGUGAAACAACUUAGUGCCCUUGCGAUGUGGAGGUGUGGCUGGUGAUGUGCAUGGCGAUCGUAUUUUAUCCCACCCUUCUGUCUCUUCACCAUUACCAUUUUGUGGGGGAAUACCAUCCUUUGCUGUGGAGCUCCUGGGGUUGAAAAGGUAGCAAAUUUAGCUAGAGAAAUUAGGGUUAAAUGGACACAGGCCUUUUCCAUUUUAUCUUUUUAUUUUGGAGUGCACAGAUGAAGGGGGUGGUAGCAUUAUCAAUUUCCACGUUCAAUAUAAAUGCAUACACACCUAUAGUCUGCAUCCUUGAGCAAGCACUAGAAUGCAUAUACCUUCUGGUGUGUUUUUGAGGGAGGAAGGAGAUGAAAUUGACACGCUGCUUGUCUAGUUCAGUUCGUUUUGCAUUCUCUCUCGGAGCAUAUGCGAGCAAGGGUGGGCAGAUGAAGGUCAGCAGCAGGAACUGAUCUAAACUCUUGGUAACAGGAAGUAGCUUUCCCUCUCCUUGGAAUAUCAGGGGAGGUAGUGAGGGAGAGGGUGCUGCUUACAGUGGCCACUUGUAGUUUCCAAGGUAGCAGUAGCAGCACUGGACACUCCAGUGUUGGGAAAGGGAUGGGUGAAGUUUCCUUAGCAUAGCUAAGCCAUCUGAGGAAGGUAAUGCAUGAGAGCUACAUGUUGCCUGUUCACCCUCAGUCAGACUCGCCCUUGAAUGACAUUAGCAAAAAUCUUUGUUUUGUACUGAUGAUGUUUGGGAGAUGCUAGGAAGCAAAGUUCAUUCCUCACACCUCCAGAAGAAUGUUAGGUACCUUCGUAUCACGAGACCCUUGUAUUGCAGGGGGUUGGCUGCACUCUACAUGCUUGCCACAAAAUAGGUCUGGAGAUGCCCCAUACAGCCAGCCUCCCAAUAAGCAAAAAUACUACAGAAGUUGCAGCAUUAAUGAUUAAACCCAUCUGUGCCUGGCUAGAGAUGCCCUCUAUCUAUCAGCACCUUAAUUUUUGCCAAGACUGAACAUGACAAAAGAAAAAGUCCUUGUGGCUUCUUAAUGCUUUUCUGCAGAUGGGAGAAGUUGAGAGAUGAGCUGAUAAACCCCCAAAUGGGAUACAUCUUUUAAAACCAUUCUUUCUUAUGAAUUGUAAUCUCUCAGCUAGCUUCCAGCUAUAGCCUGUUCAAUGCAGUGAAUGUACUUAUAAACAUUUAAGAGCACAAUUAUUUUCUGCUCUUGGGACUAAAAGAAGGAUCAAAGGAUUGCUUGUUUCUUUUCAGCUGCAUUUUGGAUUCCAAGCAUCUUGCAAACUUUGCACAACUGUACAGGAGAGUGGCCUUUUUACAGCUAAUUUUACGUAAAUCUGUAUUCAAUUAAGACUGAAUGGCAAUUCAUGCAUUAAGAUUUGUAUGAAUUUACAAGUCCGGUCAACUAUUUAUAUCAUCUAUAAGAAUCUCUUUGUAUAAACAAAUUAUUUGACUGCAUGAUUUGUUUGUUAUAACUUGUGAUAUUUUGUAUAUUUCUCACAUAAAAAUGCUUGAACAAUGA